UUGUCAUCGUACAUGUGUGUAUUCCCAGCUAUGAAUAGAUACAGGCUACAAGCUUGACACGAGGCGCGUCAUAAUAUGAGUCCAGGAUAAACAGCUUCGAGGUAGUUGAGAGCGCAAUGUACGUGAUGGCUUAAGUGUCUCCACACCUGAUUUCUUCGUCAAAUGGGAAAGUGUUCUGAUGGAAAACGUGGAAUUUGAAAACCAGACCGAAACACUGGACCACCAGGUCAUACUUCGUAAAAACUGGAUAUUCCUCAAGAACAAGCUAGAGCCUGAGAAGGUGCUGGACUACUUGUAUCAAGAUGGCGUCUUCUCGGAAGCAGAUCGUGACACUGUCUUAUCUAAGGCUCCCAGGUGGGAACGGUGUGACGCCCUGCUAGAUAUACUGAAGAAGAAGGGACAGGAUGCAUAUAAAACCUUUUGUGUCGCUCUAGAUAAAGAACAAAACUUUAUAAAAGAACACCUGGACAAAACCUCAGCUGAAUUAGGUUGUUUGGAUCUCCAGUAUGAAAGCAAGUUAGAAACGUCCAAAUAUCGGAUGAGACAAAGCAAAGGAUUUGAAGAAGAAAUUGCACGUUUACAGGAGGAAAACAAUGGAAAACAAAGUAAAAUAGAAGAGAAUGAAAGACGAAUAGCACUGCUUCGGGACACCGAAGACACACUAAGAACACAGAUGUCAUCAAAGGACGUCCUCUUCGUCUAUCUCAUUCAGGAAUAUAAGCUGAAGCUGAAAGAAAUGGAGAAAGCUAUAACAGACCCAGUGUGCUGGUUGCACGAUGCAGAUGGGAACACAGACAGAAUCCUCAUGUGCCCCUUGUUGGUAUUUGACAAGAUGGUAGUACCCCAUCCCAUCAACAACAACCAAACGCUGGACAUCCAUAAGGCCGCACCAAUACAGUUACAUCAUAUAACGGCAAACACUGAAAGUUUGGUGGAUCAGUCCGACUUAGACAUCUCCAUCACAUCUCCCACCUUGCCCCCAAGAAUGACCCAGGCCUUCCCAUUGCAACCAUUCAUCCCUUCACAAAGAGCACCACUUUACUGGGAAGCAGCACCGACGGUGCAUCUGCGAGAAAGACAGGUGUUCGCUCCUCCACUCCUGGAGAUAGGAAUGUGUGACGAAAAAGAGGUCUGCUGGGAAAGUGGUCCAUGUCACCAGCCACAUUCCUGGGGAAUCAGUGUUGAACUCUGUUCUAAGCACACGUUGAAAUACUGCACUGUGAUAUGGACUGAGGGCAAGCGUUUAGGCUGCCUUGAAGGGGCUUUGGACGGUACUCCUGGAUCAAGAGCCACUCUGCUGUAUGGUAUUGUGUUAGACGUGGAAAACAGCAGACUUGGACUCGUUGACUUCAGUAAAGCUGAAGUGUUGGGUACGUUUGAUGUGAGUUCUACAGAGUCACUGUGUCCUAUGUUCAAGGUAGGACAGUUCGUGGACAUGACUGUGAAAUCAGGGAGUCACAUUUCAUUGACCAAAGAAAAGCAGGGCCUAAUCCUACAGGCUUUGUCAUGUCUUUCAUCGUCGCCUACAUGAUGAAAAUUACGAUAAAUCUUGGGAAUUAAUGCCACGAAAUGCAAGUAUGACUGAACUGUGGCGGUAUUGUAUAACCUUGUGUAUGGAGGCCAGUUUGUCCAGAAGCUCCUCGCUUUCAUGUGUACAUACUAAGAAAAGACAUGUUAUCGUGACGCACUGCUGGACUACUAAUAUACCCUUUCCACGUUUCGUCAAAACCUUUCAUAGCACGUCAGUGCAAGAGACAAACCUGUCUUGAUAGUGGAAACAGAAUCAAUUGAGCGAAAAAAGUAAAAUCCAUGUAGCUAUAAACAUUAUAUGAAUCGAUCACUCAAAAUCAAAGAUUACGCCAAGUG